CUUUCUAGGGAAGCCGCGGCCCUGGCCCAGGACCUCAGUCGCUGCACUGCGCUGCCCGCCAUGGCCUGCUACAUCUACCAGCUGCCCUCUUGGGUUCUGGACGACCUGUGCCGCAACAUGGACACGCUCAGCGAGUGGGACUGGAUGCAAUUCGCCUCCUAUGUGAUCACAGAUCUAACACAGCUGCGCAAGAUCAAGUCCAUGGAGCGGGUGCAGGGCGUGAGCAUCACCCGGGAGCUGCUGUGGUGGUGGGCCAUGCGGCAGGCCACUGUCCAGCAGCUGGUGGACCUCCUGUGCCGCCUGGAGCUCUACCGUGCAGCACAGAUCAUCCUGAGCUGGAAGCCUGUUCCUGAGAGCUUACCCCUUCUCCCAGCCAUCCCAGAGGCUGUGAGGCCAGGGCCUGAGGCCAUUUCUGGAAGAAGCUCCAAGGAUGAACCAGAAAAGUGCCAGCCUGUGGGGCCGGGCUCCUCUCUAGACACAGGGUCUGCUGUAGCCAGGGCCCAGCAGCAGGCCUUGUAUCCACUUCCAUUCAAGGAGGAUGGCCCCUGCUCCUUGAAAACUGACUUCCACGCCUCUUUGGAUUCUAAGGACUGCAGCACCUCUGUCCCCAAGCAGGAAAAGUUUGUGAACUUGACUGGAGAUAGGCUUUCCUGGAGUGAGGAGGAUGUGAUCCAAGCCACAAAUGACUUUGACCAAAGCCACAGAAUCAGUGAGGGGACCUUUGCUGACAUCUACCAGGGACAAAGGCAUGGGUUGGCGUUCGUCUUCAAGAAGCUCAAGGAGGCAGCCUACUCCAGUCCAGGGUCAGUGGACAGAUUCCUGAAGGUGGAGAUGGAGCUCUGUCUCAGGUGCUGCCACCCUAACAUCUUGCCCCUGUUGGGCUUCUGUACUGGAAGAUUCCACAGCCUCAUCUACCCUUACAUGGCAAAUGGCUCUCUGCAGGACAGACUCCAGGCUCAGGGUGGCUCAGACCUGUUGCCUUGGCCCCAGCGUGCCAGCAUCUGCUCAGGGCUGCUUCGUGCUGUUGAGCACCUGCACAGCCUGGAGAUUAUCCACAGCAACAUUAAGAGCGCCAAUGUUUUGCUGGACCAGCAUUUCACCCCAAAGCUGGCUCAUCCAGUGGCUCACCCGUGUCCUAUUGACAGAAGGUCAAAGUAUACUAUGAUGAAGACCAACCUGUUCCAGGCCUCAGCUGCAUAUCUCCCAGAAAACUUCAUCAGAGUGGGGCAGCUGACCAAGCAAGUGGACAUCUUCAGCUGUGGAAUUGUCUUAGCUGAGGUUCUCACUGGCAUCUCUGCGAUGGACAGGGACCGCAGCCCAGUGUACCUGAAGGAUUUGCUUCUAAGUGAGAUUCCUAGCAGCACCACCUCCCUCUGCUCCAGGAAGACAGGUGUGGAAAAUGUGGUGGUGAAGGAGAUCUGCCAGAACCAUAUAGAGAAGAGGGCAGGGCCAUUGCCAGAGCCCUGUGCAGAGGCCUGGGCCACUGCCAUCUGCCUCUGCCUACGGAGGCGCAAUGCCAGCCUGGAAGAGGCACAAGUCUCCAUGGCUGAGGUGGAGGAGCGGCUCCAGGGUCAGCCAUCUCUUCUUCCUUGGAGCAGGCUUUCUGAGGGCAUGGGCUCAUCUUCUAAUACCCCAGAGGAAACAGAUGACGUUGACAAUUCCAGCCUCUGUGUCUCCUCUUUGAUGAUGCUAGAGGCUUCUGCAAGGGCUGCCUCCUGUCCACUCCCUGUGGAGAAUAGAACUGGUCUGCCACCAACCAGUGGAGGACCAGAGGCUGAUUCUUCCUCAGACACCUGUGGAGGCAGGCAGCCACUUCAGGAUGGGUCUCCCUGGGCGAGACUCGCUAUGUACACCAGGCUGGCCUCGAUCUCACAGAGAUCCCUCUGCCUCCCAAGUGCUGGGAUUGAAGCUACAGAGACUUCAUGGAAAAUUGAGAUCAAUGAGGCCAAAAGAAAGCUGAUGGAGAACAUUCUGCUCUACAAAGAAGAUAAACUGGACAGCAUUGAGCUUUUUGGCUCCUGAUGACCAGAGCAUAGCUGAGGAUCCUUGUCUUCAGUUAGAUAGACAAGUGUCCAGUCAAGGAAAAGGACUGGGGCAGUCCAAGGUCUGCCAAGAACCAUAUAACCCAAACACCAGCUUGCACUGAUGGAACGGAAGGACACUUCCAUUUCAUCAGAGUUAGGGGAGAGGGGACUUCAAUUUAUAUAGGCCCCAAAAAUCCAGGAAGUGCAGAAGGCAUGGACUCAGGAUGUGGGUGGUUUUGUGGUUUUGUGGAGCCUGUGACGAUCACCACCCCAAGAGAUGCUGUUGCCCCUCACCAAUCAACAACUAGCAGAGAAAUCCUGUAGUGCUCAUGGUGUUUUCCAGAGUACCAUCUGUGAGUCACAUUUGAUCAGCUGCCUGUAAACUUCCAUAUUUUGAAAGACCUUCAGCUGGUGGCCCAGUGCAAUUCUGGACUCACCUCCUAAGUUCAGUUACCAACACCAGACACAUGGUAAAGAACUAUUUCCUACUUCUUCAGUUGGUAAUCUUGUUGCUCAGCACCCUCCUCUUUCUAUCCCACCAGUUUACCUGUUUCUAAUGGAGACUCUGAGAGUGUGUUAUUUCCGAGCUGAAUGAAGAAUCACAAGUACUUGUCUCAUGUCUGAUUCUGCUGCUAAUAAAGUCAAUCAUUUAAUGUGUGGGAUCCCAGUGUCCCUGUAAGAUAACCCCUGCUCAUCCUCCCUGCCUCACCUCUUGGGAGAAAAGGUGCAAUGGUUAUAGAAGCACUUUGAAAAUGUAAUUGUCCUGUUUUAUUAAAAAAAAAAAAGAUCAUAGUUCUGCUGUGUAGAUAAUAUUCAUG